AUGAUGUAGUCACCCUAUUUCAGGAAUGUUUUCAAACAGAUGUUUUUCCUGGUUUCCUCCAGGAAGUGUUCGAGCGGUGUGACUGAAAGCCAUGCAGCCCCGCUGAGGCAGCCUCCGUGCGGCUGUUGCUGGGAGCUCCGGCCAAUCAAAGCCGCAGCUCUUCGGCGCAAGUAGUUUGGUGGCUGAGGAAGCAUGACAUCACGCUCAUCUCCGUCCCUCUCCGCUACAAACUCCUGCUGAAACGUGGACCCGUCCCCGCAGCAGCAAUAGGAUAUGUGUCCUCCAGCGUGCAUGUACAGUGAGAUUUGACGCAGCUUUCAGUGUUUACUCCGACACAGGUCCGGUGUGUGCGGCAGAAAAAGGGUGGGAGGACGUGGGGGGAGAGGAAUGGCGGUGGACGGUGCCGUGUCUGUGGAGUGGGACAACGGUGAUCGAGCCUUCACUGUGUAACUUGUGCUUUCUGAUGUGGAGCCUGAUGCUCGGCUGUCUUCAUGGAUCCAGAGAAGACGCUGACUUUCUGCCUCGGGCUGAAGGCUCAAGAGAUGACAAUGUCCCUGCAGGAGCUGGUUGCACCUGAAGCUGUAACGGUGCCUGUGCUGAAGAUUGACCGAAACACAGCUGACAAGGUGGUGGAGCAUCAUGUCGGCUCUGGCAGGCUGCCUGUGGUCAGUCCCAAGUACUGUCCAGGAGCCAACAACAGUCCAGGUUACCGGUGUGAAACAGGACACUGCUGUGGAGAAACGGGCUGCUGUACCUAUUACUAUGAACUCUGGUGGUUUUGGCUGCUAUGGACGGUCCUGAUCCUCUUCAGCUGUUUCUGUGCUUACCGGCACCGCCGAGCCAAGCUGAGAAUCCAGCAGCAGCAAAGGCAAAGGGAAAUCAAUCUAAUCGCUUAUAACGGAGCCUGUAACUACCCGUCUUCAAUGUUGGACCUCAGUUUCCUGACUUCCCUGAAGCUGCCCUCCUAUGAGGAGGUGGCUGCCCAGCCCAGCACGCCUCCUCCUCCUUACAGCUCCAUCUUUGCCCUCCAGGGAGGGACCUCAGCAGGGCCCAGCUCUUCUUACCCCCAUCACCACCACCACCGUCACCCCUGUCCUCCGUACCUGGGCCCCGGCACCAGUGGGCUGACCUCCUCCCAGAGCUCCGACAACUACACCAGCUGCUCCUGCGAGUCCUGCUCUCUCACCUCCCCAUCCAGCACCUCCUUCUCGGUCCAGGUGACCGACGAGACAUAUGACAGCAGCCGUGUGUCCACACCCAGUGAAGCUGGGGGUGACUACGCUGUCGUGCCGAGGUCAUCGCCUUCCCCGUCUCAAGUUUCCCCGGAUGUGAUACCCGCCGCCACUCCUGACGUCAUACCAGUGCAGCGACGCUCCUCUGCUGGCAGCGACAGACUCUCGCCUCCUUGUCCUCCGCUUUCCCUCCCUUUACACUCACAACUCUCACAUCCCGCUCGCCUCCCUCUCUCCCCCCUCGUCCUGUUAUCUUCUGCUCCUCCUGGUCAAGUUCAUUUCCUCGUGCCCUCUGACCCACCGGCGGCUGUGGAGGCCUCACCCUCGCCUUGCGAUGUAACGCCGUCUCCUUCCGUAAAGGAUCUGCACUCACCGAACACAAAUAAUAAAGAGGAGCAAAAACAAGAUAGAGACGAAGAGGAGGAGGAUGAAGAAGACGAGGAGGAUCAUUUCAGUCACAGACGGCUCACAGGCGACUCUGGCAUCGAGGUGUGUCGCUGUCAUGUGAGGAGAGGGGAAGAGGAGCUGCAGAAAGGGCGCUUGGAUGAGGGGAAGGGGGAAGGAGCGGUGCAGGAAAUCGGAGAAGAUUCCCCCAUAUCAAAACUCAGUGUGCAAUCAUCCGUGUUGGAUCCGUGCAAAGAGGUUCCCUCCUCUCCCCCUGUCAUCUACAAGGCCGAUGAGGCCGUCAUCACUGUGGAGUCCUCCUAACCUGACAGCUCACAUGAGGUGGCUCAGUAGGCAGGAGUUAGAUGUUUAUGCUUUACAGCAUUUAUGUAAAUCAGGACGAAUAGGUGAAGAGUGGGCGAAUCACUGAAGAAAUCUCCUGCAGAUCUUACUGUAAUAGUAGAGAGGAGUCUAGGUGUGACUGAGAUUUCUGAUCACUUUGCAAACAAGGCACUCCCAGAAAAACUUGAAACUGAAUAUUUAUAUUAGAUGAGAGAAAUGCCUGGGUUUAUGACAAAAAAAUAAAUAAAAAUAAAUAAAUAAAAGUGAUUCAGUUAUCAUUGCUGUAGCAAUGAUAACUUAGCAGUAACAAUGGCUUUGCUGUUACCUGGCAUGCAUUGCAUGCAAAACCCACAACAGAGGUAUUCCUUCUCUCUUUCCUCUGUCUUUCAAUCUAUGAUACAGUGUUGCCCUCAAAGGGACAUUUUGACAUGGAAACCCCAUGUGUCUGGUUCUGGUUGGCUUUAGAGGCCUUUUAGGGAAGACGGGUGAGUUUAAGAGAUGAAUAGUGAUUAAAAAAAUUAUUAAAACUGUAAUAAUAAAGUUUUUUAAAAAGGAUUUGACUAGAGAUUUAGACUUUUGUCUAGAGAUCCACCAAUCAGCUUGACAGUCUUCCCUUGAUCUACUUUGAUUAGUGAAAUCAAAUAAAGAAUUUUUUUAUUUUUCCUGUUCUAUCAACUCCCGACCUUUUUGGCCAAUAAACAACUUUUUGAGUUCUCUUGCAUACAGAUACAGCCACAGAUUAGGGUGUUAUAUUGUAAUUCUUUCCUUGUUUUCUCUACAUUUUAAGCUUCUACCUCUAUAAAGAACAUGCAGAUUGUUUUAUUCUAUGUUUAAUCAGCUGUGACUGAUUCUGAAAUCUAGAUCUAUGAUGAUAUAGAAUCAGUCAAAAUUGAGAUCGGUAGGUCAGACCUCAAAGAAAACUUUAAUUGGGUAUGUGCUAUAAAAAGCUGUAUCUUUAAUGUUUAUUUUUUACAUUGUGGACAGCUGUGUGCAAAGUCAGACAGCUAAAAUUCAGCUGUUUUUGGUUAUUGAACAACUUUCGACUGUUUUAGAUUUAAUACGGCAAAAAUAUUGGGAUCCACUGCCUUACAUCCCACUGCUCAUUUCAUGUAUUAAAGUACAAAGCACAUUGUUAAGCCUGUUUAAACACUAAGAAAAAUAUUAAGGUUCUCUAGGGUGAAUCAUAGGAGUCUGCUGCUUCAAAAUAAACCUGGAUAGUGGGUGGUAUGUGUUCUUAACUUUCUUUCUACAAAGUUGGAUUAACAAAUACUGAACACAGACAUGCUAAAAAUAAAAGGUUUCACCAGCAUGCAUCCAGUUGCUUGUACAAGAAGCCAGAAAGCAGCAGUGUUUUAAAGCUUUCACAUCUUUAGAGUGGUAUUAUUGUGGUUCCACUUUGUUGUUCCAGACUGUUAGGUGUGCAUACUAUAAUUACCAAGUGUUUAACUUUGAAUUGAAAGUGUCUUGGCGUGUUUCCAGUAAACCGUUGCUCUUUUUUAAAGGCGACAUGAGUCUGUUUCCGCCAUGAACCGACUGUUGAGUUUUUAUAACAUUAACAUUUUAAAAUCAACUUUUGUCAACUGAUGAUGAAUGUAGAAAGUUUAUGCAUUCUGACAAGCAAAAUAUGGCAAGCUGCAUGGAGAGCUGCAUCAUGACAAUGCAGUCAGACAUCUGGGCCUGGUUCUAUGUCUUUCAGUAUUUUGUAAUGUUGAAUAUUAGAACUGAACUGAAAUGAAAUGAGAAUUUUUUUAUUUUUAUUUUCUGACCUUUGCCUCAUUUGAUUGAUGUUUGUAAAAUAAUGAGCUGAACACAGCGCAUGAUUUUUACCUGCAAAGUGUUUCCUUAUAUGCCUCACUGUUGCCAGGUACAUCAGUACCUGUCUACGGAUUGGUCAUAAGAUUUGUCUAUAUAGAAAAAAAUGAAACAGAAUUUCAAGUUUGAUCUUGACCUUUGAAAAAUAACCUACAUUUUGAAGGUGAGAAAAAGAAAACUAUACAUAAAAAGUUAAAACUCACAACUUUGAAAGAACCUACAUUUAAACACAAGGAAACUCCAAUUUUGAUUUAAAAUAUUUGUUUUGUUUUGACAUCCAAGACUUUCUUCAUUUCUGUGCUUUUCAAACAGUAUCUUGAAACAUACAUAUAGUCUAGCCCUGAUUUAACGUCAGCACAAAUUGUUCAAGUUUGAGACAAAAAAUUGUUUCAAAUCAAUCUUUCUGUGUAUUUGUUCUGCUAAUGGAAUAAUUGUCUUUGUAGUUCACUGACUAAAGGCCUCUUGACUGUGUCUACAUUGAAAAGCUGACUUGAUUGUCAGUUAAAAUUUAUGUUUUUCAUGUAAAGCUUCAUGAGCUGAAAAAGGAUUUUUUUUUUUAAUCUGUGUACAAUGUGUGGUUUGUGACUGUUCGUCCUCUGGACUAAAGAAAAUCUCCUUGUAGAAGUGAUUUGGUCUUAGUUGAUCAAAGUAUUUUGUGCCUAUAGAUGAAUACAGAUACUUAAUGAGCCAUUCUGUAGUUUCUACAUGCUUUCAUAAGAUUGUGAUUAGCUCUACUUUGACAGAUGUUUUUAAAGUGCUGAAAGUUUCUUUAUUUUGUGAGCUUUAGAAAGAUAAACUGUAUUUAGCAAUAGUACUUGCACUUUUUCCUUUUUCUAUUCCAUGCUGAUUGAUAGGACAUAAACUGUUAUAAACAUUUACCUCUUAAAAAAAGAUGUGUGAGCCAUGCCAGUUGGAGACUAUUUAUUCUUUGGCUGAAGGUUCCUCCCAAAUUCAAAGUGAGAUUAUGAGGUCUUACCUUUGAUUACCUUAUAUUUUUAUUUACAAGUCUAAGCAGCAUUAAUUUUGAGAUUAAAUAAAAACUAUUUAUCUGCAAUACUAUAUAUGGCCCUCAAAAACAAUGGUCAUCUUAUUAAAGAUGUGUAAAAAGCCUUUGGAAGAGAAACACCCCCCUGCAUCACACUUUCUCCGCCAUUAAUAGUGGGGAUGAAGAACUUUUUCACGUAUCCACCAUUUUUCAUGUCAAAGCACAAGGUUCCAGUUAAAAUGUCAGCAUAGUACACAUAUGGUGGUACUACAGAAAAUAUUUUUCUCAAAUUCUUCUUCUUCAAAAAAAACAAACAUUUGGGAUGUCGAAAGUUCUAAUGGUUAUGCAGAGGCUUUGUGACUGGGCAUUUAAAAAAAAGGUUUCUCUUGUCAUUCCCAUUUUAAAGAGAAAUGUUUCUCGCUAUCAUGGGAUAUUAAUAUCCUGGGGAAAUAUGAAGCAAUGAAUUUCUGAAUAAAAUGUCUUUAAUACUGAUCAAAAAGUGAAGAAUAGCUUAUUUCCAAAAAUGCUUGAUGCACAUUAAUUCCUCAUGACUUGUUUUUCUGUAAUUAAUCUUGUAACACACACACACACACACACACACCCCUGCACGCAACGCCUACAUGUGUGUGUGUGAUAAAGUAAUAUUACAACUUUUAAAUUUAAAACACAAUUUAAAGGUUGCAAUAUCACUGAUUAUCACUGAUGUGUAAUUACCACUCCUGUAAUAAAAUAUCACUUCUUUUUAAGGCUUUUUACACAUAUUUACUAGUGGCACCCACGAUAUUGGAGGCUACUUUAGGCUUGCAUGUUUGCUGUUCAGUAUCUAAAAGAUUAUAUGAAUGAACAAAAAUGCAAAGUAUGAUUGUGAAUUUUGUUUUAUUAUCCUUUUUUGUCAGUAAAACAUCUGUUAUGGGUAUUUUUCCCCCUAAAGGCCUUCUCUUUAUUUUGUUUUUAUCUGUUUGGCAGUACUAGAUUUGGUGAUUUGUUUGUGUGUUUUCAUUUUCUACUAUAUAAAACAAAACAAAAACAAUUAAUCUACAGAUUUAUUUAUUUAUUUUUUAUUUUUUGCAAUACUUAAACAGAUUUAAGAAAAAAAAUAUUUUAUUAAUUUACCUGGACAAUAAAAUCGGAAGAAAUCAGAAGAGGCCUUAUAGAGUUCUGUAAAAUACUAGUAAUUUGUAAACUAAAGGCACAAACUGGAGUCCCUAAGUCAAAGCCAAACACCCUGAAGUUCACAUCCUUUCUGCCUUUCCAGCAGCUACAAAAGCCCAAACUGUAAGCCAACGCCUGAUGCUAGACUGUUACCUUGCUUGAGUUUUGUGUGCCGAAGAGUCUGCAGAAGACUGUUUGCUCCUUCAUCUGAAGCCGUUUUCUUCUUCCUCUGAACUCACGUUUUUGCAGCUGGAUUACACCUAAACAUCAAACUGUUUUCCUUUAAGUCGUGCAGAAGUGAAACAGCAGGAAGCCUAACAGUAUCUAAAUGUGGCUGUUUGUGUAGUACUUCAGAUUAAUAUUAUUACUACAUGUGAUGUACUUUGAGGGUAUCUUUGUGCAACUCUACCUGCAGCUCCUCAGCGUGUUGUACGCAUGUGUGAGAGAGUUUUUGUGAGGCUGUGUUGUUAAAAUUGUUGCUUAUUGUAAGUAUUUAUGGUAGCUGUCAUAAUGUCCUUUGAGUAAAAAUACUCAGUUUCAUGUAUACCAAGUUAUUUUUUUAUAUCCUAUUAGAAAUUGUAGCUAUUAUGAAUGCAGGCCAUGUUUUUUAUUUUUGUCUAUUUGCUUUUCAGUGUCGGGUUUAUUCCCAUCAAAUACAUGUGAUCAACAAAAAUUGUUUUUGAUAAAAAAAAUAAAUGAGUUAAUAUGAUAUAAAAAUCAA